AUGGUUGAAAGUCCUACCCCUGAAUAUCGAACGCGAGUAGCCACACCUGUACUCCCGUCACGCACUAAAAGCAACACCAAGCCCUCCUUUGCUAUGUGCAGUCCCGCCCACAUCGCGUAUCCGGAUUUGCCCGGCGUGCAAUUCACCUCCCUAAGCACUUCGCUAGUAUCCAACCUGACAGUCCAAGUCCCUGAGAGCACAUACGUAAACCAUGGGGCUCUAUAUGCCGGAGGUGUUAGCUUCUGCAACCUCACCACCACCUACACGCAUAUAGGAACGUCUGACACUGUCACCAUCAGCAUGUAUCUUCCCGAAGAGUGGAAUGGCAGAAUGCAGGGUAUUGGAGGAGGAGCUUGGUCCGCCGGAGGGAUCAACUUUUUGCAUAGUAGUUACUCCAUGCUAGGCGCCGUGUCAGAGGGCUAUGCUGCCGUGACUACCAACGCCGGUCACGCUUCACUCAACCCUGACGACUGGAUGUUGAAGAGUCCCGGACACGUCGAACUUCACCUCCUCGAAGAAUUCGGAUCCAACUCGCUUAACGAGUUAUCCAUUAUUGGCAAAGCGAUCACGGAGAGUUACUACGGCAAACCGCCGGCUUACUCUUAUUGGAACGGGUGCUCGCAGGGCGGACGGCAAGGUUUCAAGAUCGCCGAGAAGUACCCCAACGCAUUCGAUGGGAUAGCUGCUUCGGCCCCGGCAACCGACCUUGCCGGUAUGGGAGUGGCGAAUCAUUGGCCUCAAGUGGUGAUGAAAGCGCUGGGCCAGUAUCCGAAGAACUGCGAGUUUGUUGCCAUAACGGAAGCUUUUAUCAACCACUGCGAUGGUGACGACGGCCUACUUGAUGGAAUCGUCACCGACCCGGACUCAUGCGAAUUUGAUCCCUAUUCAAUGGUAAAUAAGUCUAUUGAUUGUCAAGAUAUCGACGCCGGAACUGUGCAGGUCUCGGAAGCUGCGGUCAAGGUCGCGAUUGCAACAUGGACUGGUGCCAGGAAAUUGGAUGGCUCGUUCCUCUGGUGGGGCCUCAAAAAGGGGGCCGACCUAGUGGACAAGGUGAUCAGCCUUGGAGGAGCUAACCCAGGACUUGCGACAACUACUUGUUCGGGAAAUGGCACAUGUACGGGACACACAAUGGAUAUUGUUAAUGUGUGGGUACGGCUUCUUAUCAAGAAAGACCCUACUUUCGACGUCAAGACCGUAACGAUGGAGGACCUUCAGGAUUUGUUUAAACAAUCAAUAGACGAGUACGCUCCGAUAUUUAACGUAAAGCCUAACCUGGACGCCUUCCGGGAAGCGGGCGGGAAGAUAAUAUCCUACCACGGUUUGGCCGAUGCGAAUCUUCCCCCGGCGUCUUCGACAAACUUCUACGACAGCGUUGCCGCUCACGAUACGCAGAUAAAAGAUUACUAUCGCCUCUUUGAAGCACCGGGACUUGCUCACUGCUGGGCAGGUUCUGGGGGAUAUUACCCUGCCGGGUUAUUCGAAGCCCUGGUAUCAUGGGUUGAAACUGGUGUUGCCCCUGACAGUGUUGCUGCAGCUACUUCCGUUCAGAGCGGCCCCGUUCGUCAGAGUAUCCUGUGUCCUUACCCCCAGAAGGCACACUAUAACGGAACAAGCGCAAAUGCUACUGUAGAUGAUUUUUAUUGUGGUAAUUGA